GGAAUCUCCUACUUUCGACUCACCACCUAAUUUGGCUAGUACCGCUUUGCCAUUCCUGGCAAAAACAUAAGUUAAUAAUUAACGAAGUUAAGGGGAGAAGACGAUGGCCACUCUUGUUGUUCUUCCUCUCACUCUAAAUCUCAACUCCUUCUAUCAACAUUCCCUUUCUUCAACAACUUCAAUCACCUUCCAACCGAGUAGAAUUCCAAAUUCUAAUUUCAUUUCUCUUAAAUCCAAAUCCAAAUUCAACAACACAUUUCCCACUCCCUCUAAAUCCUUAUCACGUUCCACCCUUUUCCUUCGUGCAUCAGACAAAGAUUCCAAAUCUGAAACUCUUCAAGACGGUCAGGUGGACAAUUUAGGAGUUAAAGCUGCUCUUUCAAUCUUGAGAUUCUACAAAAGAGAAAUUUCUCCGAUCUUGCCCAGGAGCUGUCGUUAUGUUCCCACUUGCAGUGAGUAUUCCAUGGAGGCGUAUAAGAGAUAUGGUGUUUUAAAAGGUACAGCUUUGACUACGUGGCGUCUGUGUCGUUGCAAUCCCCUUGGUGGGUCCGGAUAUGAUCCGCCAAGAUGGUUUGGUGAGAUUAGACAAGGGGAAGAACUUGAUGAUUGAUUAAUCUCCGGUGGCAGAUUUCGAAUUGGUUUCCACUGGGAUUAGGCUGAGCAAAAUGGCCUAUGAUGUCAAAGAUUUGAGAGGUGCUUGCACUAUUACUAGUGGUUGGAUUAGUAGUGCUUGUUGAAACUACAAACUCAAUGUCAUCUUCAUCAUCAGAGACACUGCUCUUGUGGAUUGGAUUAAGAGUCUCAAAGCAUAUAAUUCCUUCAAAACAGUCCUCUAAUCCAAGUAUGCUUAGUGUCUUAAGAGCAUGAACUUUGUCUGCAUUUGUAAAUACCUAUUGACAUAAACAAGAGAAGCAAUAGUAAUGAUCAGAUUAUAUUAUACACCAUCUUUUGUGACCUUAUACUACUGCUGUCAUUUUGGUUGUAGAGUAAAUACCAAAAUUGGUGAUUGAACUUGUAGUACUGUAUCAAUUUAGAUUGUUACAUUAUCGAUAUUUCAAAACGAUC